GCAAGGCUUGUGCGYAAGCGGCAGUAAACGAGGGGCUUGGUAGUAUAAAAACAGAAGUGGGGGCCUAGGACUCGACAUUGUUACACUGGAUCUGUUCCACCUCAGUACUCUAGAGCAACCUCACGGUGGAAAUAGCAACCAUGAACACUCAGCAGAUGGAGCAGAUGGGCCAGUUCAAGAUCACUGUCUGGGAGGAGGAGAACUUCCAGGGCAAGCGUUGCGAGUUCCUGCUGGAGUGUCAGAACAUCAUGGAGAGGGGAUUCCAAAAGAUCCGCUCCAUCAAGGUCGAGAAUGGACCCUGGGUGGGUUUUGAGUACCCUGAGUUCCAGGGACAGCAGUUCAUCCUUGAGAAGGGAGACUACCCCCGUUACGAGGCUUGGAGCGGAAACAGCAGUUACAGAACCGAGCAUAUGCUUUCCUUCAGACCUAUUAAGUGUGCUAACCACAGUGACAGCAAGGUGACUCUGUACGAGUGUGAAGACUUCCAGGGGCGCAAGUUCGAGAUGUGCGAUGACUACCCCUCUCUACAGGCUAUGGGCUGGUGCAGCAAGGAGGUUCCCUCAAUUAAAGUCAACUCCGGAGCCUGGGUGGCCUAUCAGUUCCCCGGUUACCGUGGCUACCAGUACAUCCUGGAGAGAGACAGACACCAGGGAGAGUACAGACACUACAAUGAGUACAGCACCCAGGCUCACACCAACCAGGUCCAGUCUAUCCGCAGAAUCCAGCACUAAGUCCACCCGACACUAUCCUCCAGCGGCCACCAUGUACUGACCAUGCCAUGUAUUAAAAUAGGCAAUAAAGACUUUAUUCAAACUACGGAAACA